UCAAUACGCUCUAAGAAGAAAUAUUUGAAUAUAAAUCUCAUCGAUAUCAUCGAUCUCAUAAGUAUCAUACCAAAUCCCAUCAAUCGAAUCACUUUUUCGAGAAAUACGAGACAUCUAAGUCAUACAAGUAAAGAGAUCUAUUCAUUGAUAAGAAAAAGAAAAAACGUGAACGGGGACUGGAUUGAUGAUAAAAUAGAAUCCUGGGUUGCAAACAGCGAUUCGAUUGAUGAUGAAAAAAGAGAAUUCUUGGUUCAGUUCUCCACCUUAAAGACAGAAAAAAGGAUUGAUCAAAUUUUAUUGAGUCUGACUCAUAGUGAUCAUUUCUCAAAGAAUGACUCUGGUUAUCAAAUGAUUGAACAACCGGGAGCAAUUUACUUACGAUACUUAGUUGACAUUCAUAAAAAGUAUCUAAUGAAUUAUGAGUUCAAUACAUCCUCUUUAGCAGAAAGACGGAUAUUCCUUGCUCAUUAUCAGACAAUCACUUAUUCACAAACUUCGUGUGGGGCUAAUAGUUUGCAUUUCCCAUCUCAUGGAAAACCCUUUUCGCUCCGCUUAGCCUUAUCCCUCUCUAGGGGUACUUUAGUAAUAGGUUCUAUAGGAACUGGACGAUCUUAUUUGGUCAAAUACCUAGCGAAAAUCCUAUCUUCCUUUCAUUACGGUAUUUCUGAACAAGUCCUGGAUAACAAGUCUCAAGGUUUUGAUAAUAUUGAUGUUGAUGCUAGUGACGAUAGUGAUGCUAGUGACGAUAUUGAUGCUAGUGACGAUAUCCUUGAUAUGGAGCUGGAACUGCUAACUAGCAUGAAUGCGCUAACUAUGGAUAUGAUGCCUGAAGAUGAAGACCUACUUUAUAUCACCCUUCAAUUCGAAUUAGCAAAAGCAAUGUCUCCUUGCAUAAUAUGGAUUCCAAACAUUCAUGAUCUGGAUGUGAAUGAGUCGAAUUACUUGUCCCCAGGUCUAUUAGUGAACCUUCUCUCCAGGGAUUAUGAAACUAGAAAUAUUCUUGUUAUUGCUUCGACUCAUAUUCCCCAAAAAGUGGAUCCCGCUCUAAUAGCUCCGAAUAAAUUAAAUACGUGCAUUAAGAUACGAAGGCUUCUUAUUCCCCAACAACGAAAGCACUUUUUCACUCUUUCAUAUACUAGGGGAUUUCACUUGGAAAAGAAAAUGUUCCAUACUAAUGGAUUCGGGUCCAUAACCAUGGGUUCCAAUGCACGAGAUCUUGUAGCACUUACCAAUGAGGCCCUAUCGAUUAGUAUUACACAGAAUAAAUCAAUUAUAGAUACUAAUACAAUUAGAUCCGCUCUUCAUAGACAAAUUUGGGAUUUGCGAUCCCAGGUAAGAUCGGUCCAGGAUCAUGGGAUCCUUUUCUAUAAGAUAGGAAGGGCUGUAGCACAAAAUGUACUUUUAAGUAAUUGCCCCAUAGAUCCUAUAUCUAUCUAUAUGAAAAAGAAAUCAUGUAACGAAGUGGAUUAUUAUUUGUACAAUUGGUACUUCGAACAUGGAACGAGCAUGAAGAAAUUAACGAUACUUCUUUAUCUUUUGAGUUGUUCUGCCGGAUCGGUCACUCAAGAUCUUUGGUCUCUACCCGGACCCGAUGAAAAAAAUGGGAUCACUCCUUAUGGACUCGUUGAGAAUGAUUCUGGUCUAGUUCGUGGCCUAUUAGAAGUGGAAGGCGCUCUGGUGGGAUCCUCACGGACAUGCAGUCAGUUUGAUAAGGAUCGAGUGACAUUGCUUCUUCGACCCGAACCAAGGAAUCCCUUAGAUAUGAUGCAAAAUGGAUCUUGUUCUAUCCUUGAUCAGAGAUUUCUCUAUGAAAAAGACGAAUCGGAGUUUGAAGAGGGGGACGAGCGGCAACAGAUAGAGGAGGAUUUAUUCAAUCACAUAGUUUGGGCUCCUAGAAUAUGGCGCCCUUGGGGCUUUCUAUUUGAUUGUAUCGAAAGGCCCAAUGAAUUGGGAUUUCCCUAUUGGUCCAGGUCAUUUCGGGGCAAGCGGAUCGUUUAUGAUGAAGAGGAUGAGCUUCAAGAGAAUGAUUCGGAGUUCUUGCAGAGUGGAACCGUGCAGUACCAGACACGAGAUAUAUCUUCCAAAGAACAAGGCCUUUUUCGAAUAAGCCAAUUCAUUUGGGACCCUGCAGAUCCACUCUUUUUCCUAUUCAAAGCUCAGCCCUUUGCCUCUGUGUUUUCACAUCGAGAAUUAUUUGCAGAUGAAGAGAUGUCAAAGGGGCUUCUUACUCCCCAAAAAAAUCGUCCUACAUCUCUAUAUAAACGCUGGUUUAUCAAGAAGACGCAAGAAAAGCACUUCGAAUUGUUGAUUAAUCGCCAGAGAUGGCUUAGAACCAAUCGUUCAUUAUCUAAUGGAUCUUUCCGUUCUAAUACUCUAUCCGAGAGUUAUCAGUAUUUAUCAAAUCUGUUCCUAUCUAACGGAACACUAUUGGAUCAAAUGACAAAGGCAUUGUUGAGAAAAAGAUGGCUUUUCCCGGAUGAAAUGCAAAUUGGAUUCAUGG